GAUGAAGCAGGAGAGUACCUCUGAGCAGAGAGAGGCUGGGUUUUGGAUAUCGCUGAAGGAGCAGGGCAAAUAAAACCCGCGUGUUAGAAGGUAGAGAUCGGUCCCAAUAAUAGAAGGUCACUACUUGUGUCUGUACUGCAAAGGUACCCAUGGUAAUCCUGGAUUUCCUCUAAUCUGGCAGCUCCUACAUACACAGCUCCCCUGCAUUGAUCACGCGAAAAUAAACCCUUUCAUCAAACCAGGGCAUCGGCCACACUCUCCCGCUGCCAGCAUGAUGAAGGACUGCCUGCAGUUCCUUAUCGAGCCGGCCAAGAAGCUCAAGAUCCGGCUCAAGGAGUCUCGUAAGCGAGUGAAACUUGAGAAAAAGGAGCCGCUGGUGGAGAGUCAGGUCUUUAUCAUGGAAUUGGCCCGAGAGCUGAACAAAAUAUGCCAGAGGUCAAACAUCCUCAGCCACAUCUGGACCAGUGAGGACAUUUGGCCGGCCGCUGUGUGUCGUGAUUUUAUUGUGGAGUGGUCGGCUGUGCUGGAGAAGAGAGUGCAGCCAAGAAUCACACAGUCUGACUACCAGUAUGAGAAACCAGAGAAGAAAGACUGGAAAGAACAGCUCCUCUGCAUCCUGGAGUCAGGGGGGGAGUGUGACAUGGGGCCCCACAAAAGAGUCAUCAUGGACUGGGCACGGGAGAUGAAAAGCAGACCUCAGCCCACAAUCUGGCCGGGGGAGCCCGUCCUCAUGAUGCUAGACGACCUGGAGUUCCAGUGGAAGAGGGGUCGUCUGCCCAACCUGCUGCCCGCCAUGGAGCUCAUCAUGCUGGCUGUGCUGAAUGCUGACAGCCCUGUGAAGGAGGAUGUGACAAAACAAUGGCUGGUGAGAAAGCAGAGGAGCCAGAGGAUCGAUGCUGUCCGCUACAUCCCUCAUAGUGUGUGGAACUGGAUUUGUGAUGCUGCAGAGGAUGUCACUCUGGAUUCAGAAACAGCCAACACAGACCUGCUGAUCUCCAGCGAUGAAAAGCGCUUGCGGUGCGGAUUGGAGCGCCAGGAAGUCCCACGCUGCCAGAAACGCUUUGACGGUUGGUGGUGUGCCACGGGCCAGGAAGGCUACACUUCAGGCCGCCACUACUGGGAGGUGGAGGUUGGUGAGCGGGAUUGGCGUCUCGGUGUGGCCAAGGCCUCCGCUGUACGGCAGGGCUUCCGCACGCUCAACACAGAUUCAGGCUACCUGACCCUGCGGCUGGAGAGGGGCACGGAUCUGAAAGCUCUGACCGUGCCGGCCACCUCGCUGUCACAGAGCUUGGUGCCUAGGAAGGUUGGGGUGUACCUGGACUAUGAGCAGGGUCAGCUGUCUUUCUACGAUGUGGAGAAGCGCUCUCACCUGUACACCUACAACGAGAAGUUCACAGAGAAACUGUACCCGCUGUUUGGGACUGUGGAGGUGGUUAAAGACCUGGUGAUAAGGCCUGCAAAUGUCAGACAGCCAUGCCUCUGCCCUGGGCCCUGCCUCUGGACCUGAACUUCUUCUGACACUUAAGUCACCCCUCAUUUCGGAUCCAAACUAAGCCAAAGAACCCAGGUUUCUAUUCUGGACCAUGGUUUAGGGAAAUAUCACCCAAUGGCCAGGCUUUUUCUGUGGGAGAUAUGGAAAAAAGUCACCAUCAUUCUUUGAUACACUAUCUUUUCCUCUGCCAAACAGGGACCUAGAUGGGCUGGCUCCAAACCUGGGAUGUAUUUUGAUAAAGGCAUUAGAUAUCGUAGGCAUCAGCUGAUGAAGAUCUGCAUUGGUAUUGACUCCGGAAGAACAUUUCUGUCAUGAUGACAUGUUGGUUACAGGCUUUAGUUAUGCUCACAAGAUGCAUUUUUGACUGAUCAGAUGAUUUUAUGCUAAUCGCUUUCCUCGGAAAUACAAUUUACGGUCGAAUGCACCUUAAAACUGUUACACUGAAAUGAAUAUGGCAUGUUUCACAUGUAAUGUGUUGCAGAUUUAAUCCUGUUUUUACAGUAAGAAUAUGCAUAUUUUUGAAAAGCAUUGUAUAUCAUGUCUGCAUUCUCUCGUGGGCAAAGAGUAAGCAUAGUGUAAUUCAACUUGAAAAACUUUAUUGACCAUGCAGAAAAUACAUGCAUAGGUUAUUUGCAGAAGAUGUCACCCAGCUGUAGACAACUCCCCUUGGGAUGCAAGAAGUGAUUUCUGCAUAGAGAAACGCUACCAAAAGGCCAUGUUUGAGCUGAUUAUGACUAUGCCAAGCAUACAAGGUGAUAGAAUAAAAUCAGCAUACCUUUGCGCACCAUCAGAAUCAUCACUGCAAAGAACCUAUAGAAUUUAUAUCUGAUGUGUAUGAGUUGGAAAACAUUGGUAAGUGUGAUACAGAAAACGGUUUAUUGAGUGGUGUUGCAUAAAGAAUCAUGUCA